AUGGCGCUGCUGCUCGCCCACGCCGCGAUGGCACUCCACGCACCCCCAUUCGUGCGAGCGGCUGCACGCGCUCCAUCGCUGGCGGCUGUCGCAGCUCCUUCCGAUCUGACUCAGCGUCUGAUCAGCGAUUUGACCGCUCCCGACCGGCUGGAAGCUCUGGCCUCCUGCGACGCCAGACGCAUCGCGUACGACCCGUUCAACUUUUGGGACAUCAUCGUCGAGAGCCUGAGCCCAGCGCACUUCUCCAGGGCCUUUGGCCUGAUCCUGCCGACACUGUGCGGCCUUGCUGCCUGGGGCCUCAGCCUGACGUGGCUGCUUCGUCGGCCGGAAGUGGCAGGCCUCUCCGAGCUCAUCGGGCCGUACACGGCGCUGAGCGGCUCGCUGCUCACGCCCGUCUCCUUCCUCCUCGUCUUUCGUAUUGGCCGCGCGGCCGCCCGCUUCUGGGACGCCCGCGCUGCCCUGGGCGCGAUCAUCGAGAAGUGCCGCAGCGCCGCGUCUACCAGCGCCCUCACGAGCGUUGCGAGGGGCUACCGGCUGCAGCAGCUCUGCCCGGUCCUGACUGAGGAGGAGGCGUCGGAGCUGCUCGACAGCAAGCGAGGCGAGCGGCGGGGCCUGCUCCUCGCGGCUGCUGCUUGGGGCAC